CAACCCCGGCUGGUAGUGCGGUGUGAGUGCGUGUGUGCUCCUGAGCUCGCUCGGCACACGUUCUAUAAAAAAAAUAAAAAUACAAAAAAAAAUUUUAAAACAUUUAAAAACGCUAAAAAAUCUUUUUUUCUUUUCUUUUCUUUUUUUUUUUUUGUAACAAAAUCGGUGAAGCUGGAGUAGGACGUCGGAGGACUUGGACGGUACAAGAAGGGGGCCAAAAUCGAACGACCAAAAAUUUUCUCAAUCAACGUUUGUUGCCUGUUAAGCCAGGGGAAGCCAGGAGAAACCAGGAGAAGCCAGGGGAAACCAGGAGAAACCAGGCCAAGUAGAUUUUUUUUUUUUUUUUUGCUUUUAUUCGCGGAUAAAUUUGACUGCAAAAGUUUCAGCGAUACAGUAUAACAACACGGCUCGUUGACUUAUAGUUUUACAUUUUAAUUAUCCGUCACAUUUUUACUGAAUAGCUGGGUUGUCACGCCAACGGUCUCGCUCGCGCUCCGGUUCCCAACUGAUAUCUGCCCCGCAGCUGGCGGCCGUCAGAACCGGCCGAGACCUUCCUCGCGCCCGCGGCGGAAACUUUUCCGCCUUCCAUUUUUCCUCGCUAACUUUCGCACCAGUCAAGCUCGCCUGCCUGCCUGCCCGCCUGCCUCGUCCCGAAAAUGAACCCCAGCGCUCCCAGUUACCCCAUGGCCUCGCUGUACGUCGGGGAUCUGCAUCAGGAUGUGACCGAGGCCAUGCUGUACGAGAAAUUCAGCCCUGCCGGAGCCAUCCUCUCCAUCCGGGUCUGCAGAGACAUGAUCACCCGGCGAUCCCUCGGAUACGCCUAUGUCAACUUCCAGCAGCCGGCCGACGCUGAGCGUGCAUUGGACACCAUGAACUUUGAUGUCAUCAAAGGACGGCCUGUGCGCAUCAUGUGGUCCCAGCGUGAUCCCUCUCUGAGAAAGAGUGGCGUGGGAAACAUUUUCAUCAAAAACCUGGACAAGUCCAUCGACAACAAGGCCCUGUAUGACACCUUCUCUGCUUUUGGCAACAUCCUGUCCUGCAAGGUGGUUUGUGAUGAGAAUGGGUCUAAAGGCUACGGCUUUGUACACUUUGAGACUCAGGAGGCGGCUGAACGAGCCAUUGAGAAAAUGAACGGCAUGUUGCUCAAUGACCGAAAAGUAUUUGUGGGCCGCUUCAAAUCCCGCAAAGAACGCGAGGCUGAGCUCGGAGCCAGAGCCAAGGAGUUCACAAAUGUCUACAUCAAGAACUUUGGGGAGGACAUGGAUGAUGAGAAGCUGAGGGAAGUCUUCAGUAAAUAUGGCAAUGCCAUGAGUAUCCGCGUCAUGACAGACGACAGCGGCAAGUCACGAGGCUUUGGGUUUGUCAGCUUUGAGAGGCAUGAAGAUGCUCAGAAGGCAGUGGAUGAAAUGAAUGGGAAAGAACUGAAUGGCAAAUUGAUCUACGUGGGUCGUGCCCAGAAGAAGGUGGAGCGACAGACCGAACUCAAGCGCAAAUUUGAGCAGAUGAAGCAGGACCGCAUGACUCGCUACCAGGGUGUCAACUUGUAUGUGAAAAACUUGGAUGACGGAAUUGACGAUGAACGACUGCGUAAGGAGUUCACGCCGUUUGGCACCAUAACCAGCGCCAAGGUCAUGAUGGAAGGCGGGCGCAGCAAAGGCUUUGGCUUUGUCUGUUUCUCGUCCCCGGAGGAGGCAACCAAAGCUGUGACGGAGAUGAACGGGCGCAUCGUGGCCACCAAGCCAUUGUACGUGGCCCUGGCCCAGCGCAAGGAAGAGCGCCAGGCCCACCUAACAAACCAGUACAUGCAACGGAUGGCCAGUGUGCGUGCCGUACCAAACCCCGUUAUAAAUCCCUACCAGCCAGCCCCUCCCUCAGGCUACUUCAUGGCGGCCAUACCCCAGGCCCAGAAUCGUGCUGCUUACUACCCAACCGCAGGACAGAUGGCCCAGCUCCGCCCCAGCCCACGAUGGGCCACCCAAGGGGUCAGGCCACAACACUUCCAGGGCAUGCCAGGUGCCAUGCGCCCUUCGGCCCCACGCCCUCAGACUUUCAGUACCAUGAGGCCUGCCUCCCAGGUGCCCCGAAUGAUGUCCACCCAGCGUGUUGCCCAGACCAUGGGCCCUCGGCCAACCGCUGCAGCAGCUUCCGCAGCAGCUCCUGUGCGUGGGGUCCCCCAGUACAAGUAUGCCGCAGGGGUCCGCAACCCUCAACAGCACAUGACAGCACAGCCACAAGUCACUAUGCAGCAGCCUGCUGUCCAUGUGCAGGGCCAGGAGCCUCUGACCGCCUCCAUGCUGGCUGCUGCUCCACCACAGGAGCAGAAACAGAUGCUGGGUGAGCGUCUGUUCCCCUUGAUUCAGAACAUGCAUCCCAGCCUGGCAGGGAAGAUCACUGGCAUGCUUCUGGAGAUCGACAACUCUGAGCUGCUCCACAUGUUGGAGUCCCCUGAGUCUCUCCGCUCAAAGGUGGAUGAGGCGGUGGCAGUGCUGCAAGCCCACCAGGCCAAGGAGGCUGCCCAGAAGACUGUGACCAACUCAACUGGUGUCCCAAGUGUCUGAACCCAAGGAAAGGGGAACCUUGAGCCAAGCUUCACCGAUCAGAGGGGGAAAAAAAAAAUUAAACAUGGAAAAAGAGAAAAUACACAAAACAAAGUAAAAAGAAGUGAAAUAACAUGAUAAAAAAGAAAGAACUAUAUCCAGCCAGACCUAGAGAACAGAAGGCUAGGUCUUGUUUGUUCAAGUUUAAUAAAAAAAAAUGCACAAAAAAAUGAAAAAAGUCAAAAUAAAAAAUGGAUGAGUAUGUUUUUAAAAAGAGAAUUCCAUAAGCAUUGAAAAUGAUGAAAAUGUUUCUUUCUGGCAUUUUAUCCCUUUUAAAUGUUUGACUGUUUGGGCUGUGGUAGACUCACAGGGACAGCCCAGUGUUGUGAAAUUCCCCAUGACCCUUGACCCCUGCUUGCUUGAAUAAAACUAAUAAAUUAC